CUUUUGCAUUGAGAAGGGCGAUUUGUUCAGCGGGAAAGAUCAUUGCUUGGAGCAAGAUUUUUUACUCAUAAUAGUAUUUGUACUUAACCUCGGUUGAUGAAAUGCAUAAACUUUGGAAAGCAUUGGCAUAUCGUGGAUCCUCCUCAACCCCUUAUCAAAGACGUUUUCAAUUCCAAACGAGUUCAUCUACAUCUUCAUACUCUUCUUCUGUACCAAGCGAGGAGCAUGUUUCACAGCUGAUACUGGACCAGAAAUCUGCUACCCAAGCACUGGAAUGCUUCAGGUGGGCGUCCACCGUCCCCAACUUCGCACAUUCUCAAUCCACGUACCGCGCCGUGAUUCACAAGCUCUGCACCUUCCGCCGUUUCGACACUGUCAAGCAACUGCUCGACGAAAUGCCCCAAUCACUCGGUGCGCCACCCAAUGAUGCUAUUUUUGUCACCAUCAUCCGCGGCCUGGGCCGAGCGCGGAUGAUUAGAACGGUAAUCAAAGUGCUUGACUUGGCGUACAAGUUCCACGGCAGCCCCUCCCUCAAGAUUUUCAAUUCAAUUUUGGAUGUGCUUGUGAAGGAGGAUAUUGACAUGGCUAGGGAGUUUUAUAGGAAGAGCAUGAUGGCGAGUGGAGUUGAGGGGGAUGAUUACACUUUUGGGAUUUUAAUGAAAGGGCUGUGCCUAACUAAUAGGAUAGGUGAAGGUUUUAAGCUCUUGCAGCUUAUUAAGUCUAGAGGGGUUACUCCAAACACUGUGGUUUACAACACUUUGCUGCAUGCACUUUGUAGGAAUGGGAAGGUUGGGAGGGCUAGGAGCUUGAUGAGUGAGAUGGAGGAGCCUAAUGAUGUUACCUUUAAUAUUUUGAUAUCUGGGUACUGUAAGGAAGGGAAUUCAGUUCAGUCUCUUGUCCUGCUGGAGAAUAGUUUUAGCCUGGGAUUUGUGCCUGAUGUUGUCACUGUUACUAAGGUGCUGGAAAUUCUAUGCAAUGCUGGCCGCGCCACAGAGGCCGCUGACGUUUUAGAGAGAGUUGAGGGCAUGGGAGGUUCGCUAGAUGUUGUGGCUUACAACACCUUGAUCAAGGGGUUUUGUGGAGUGGGGAAGGUGAAGGUUGGGCUUCAUUUUUUGAAGCAGAUGGAGAGCAAAGGCUGUCUUCCAAAUGUGGAUACCUAUAAUGCACUGAUAUCUAGCUUUUGUGAGUCUGGGAUGUUGGAUUUGGCUCUUGAUCUUUUUAAUGAUAUGAAAAUAGAUGGGAUCAAAUGGAACUUUGUUACAUUUGACUCAGUAAUAAGGGGUCUGUGCUCAGAAGGAAGAAUUGAAGAAGGUUUUUCUAUUUUGGAGCUAAUGGAGGAAAGCAAAGAAGGCUCUAAAGGGCACAUCAGUCCUUACAAUAGCAUAAUAUAUGGCCUGUUUAAGCAAAAUCGAUUUGAUGAGGCAGCUGGGUUUCUAACAAAGAUGGGGAACUUGUUCCCUAGAGCUGUUGACAGAAGCAUGAAGAUUUUAGAGCACUGCAAGAAGGGGUCUAUUGAGGAUGCAAAGAGGGUAUAUGAUCAGAUGACUGAUGAAGGUGGAAUUCCAAGUAUUUUAGUUUAUAACUGCCUUGUUCAUGGAUUUUCCAAACAAGGUAGUGUCCGAGAGGCAGUUGAGCUGAUGAAUGAAAUGAUUGCUAACAACUGUUUUCCUAUGCCAUCUACAUUUAAUGCUGUCAUCACAGAGUUUUGCAGACAGGGAAAAGUUGAGAAUGCCUUGAAGUUGGUGGAAGACAUCACCGCAAGAGGUUGUGCACCCAAUACAGAAAUAUACAGUCCUCUGAUUGAUGUCUUAUGUAGGAAAGGGGACCUUCAAAAAGCCAUGCAAGUCUUUAGAGAAAUGGUAGACAAGGGCAUCCUUCCUGACCCUUUUAUUUGGAAUUCACUACUACACUGUCCGAAUCAAGAAAGAAGUGUCAAUAAGAAUAUAUUCAACAUAGAUGACAUACUCUAGUACUCAGGUGGAUAUUGCAAACUCUGUCCCACAAUCAAUUUCUUACCUUCGUACUCUUAAUACUCCACACAUAAGUAUUCAGGAAUUGUUUAUUUGGUGGAAAUCGGUUGACUUCCACCAAUGGUUUUUAAAUCUAACACCAAGUGUUUUGGUCGUUUA